UGUGGUGACGUUGACGCACCUACGUUGCCAGGUGAUCUAAUUAAAUAGUUUGUCAACUGGCGUCAGCCAGGCGGCUAACUCACUUAAAUUAGACCUUCAGUUCAGAGGAAGUCAUGAGCUCUAGCUCACAGGAGGAGGGUCUCGAGGAGAUAGCGGCCAGACUAAUUCAGAAGACCUGGAGAAGAUAUGUGAACAGAGAAAUCUUCAAGUAUUUCAACAAUCUCAUCAGUCAGUGCAACCAGCAGGAUCCACGGAAAAUCCUCAAAACUGUCAAUCCUCGAGAGGCGGAGUUGCUGGAUGCUGCCGCUGGAGUGUUCAUCAGAUUUCGCUUAGGAGGGACUACUUUUCCUCCCAACAUCUAUUACAAGAUCUUCACCCAUCGGCCCAUCACAGACAUAUGUGCUAACAGCCCAAAGGACUACACCCAGGAAGGCCUGAAGAGGCCUGUGGCUCAGCAGACCAACAAUGGCUGGCCUCUUAAACGGGAGCACCAAUCAGGAUGGUAUCAGCGUAUGGAGAACAACAGCUGGAGGCUGUUCUGUAGCAAGAUGGCGCAUGUGAGUGAGCCCAUAGAAAUUGGUGCUAACAAAAAAAUGGACUUUCAUCAUACCAGGUUGCAGCGGCAACAAGAUAUAGAGAAGUGGAAGAAAAGGAGGAAGAUUGAAUGGCUGAAGCAGCUAUAUAACCAGGGUCGUCUGCAGACUCACCCAGAACAUCGACUCAUGGCGACUAUGGUGGAGAAUUCAGCACAGGAAGUGCAGGACACCAUUAAAGAAAAGGGGGGUGACGAGAUACUGGAAUGGGAGCUGGAUGACCUCCUGGCCUGGACCAGCACUCUCAGCUUUGAGGAUUACAUGGAGGAUUGGAGACGUUUGGCCUGUAGUGACGCAUCUGACUCAAAUGUUCUUUCACAUCAGCCCAGGGUAGAUCCACAUGAGCUUGCUGCUGUGGAAGAAUAAAAUAUUUUUUGUUAAAACCCUC